AUGAGCAAUUACAACCUGACAUUUCUUUCCUCUUUGGAGGCUACAGAGGAGUGUAAUGGAACAUGCAAUGGAACUGGUGUUCUGACCAAUAAUAGCUCAGGUCAGAAUUUAAAUGGAUAUACUGUAGCAGUCAUUAUUCACUGGCUCUUCACUUUUUCGAUCUGCAGUUUUGGACUUUUGGGGAAUGGAAUUGUCAUCUGGAUUCUUGGCUUCCACAUGAAGAGGAAUCGUUUCACCACCUUCAUCCUGAAUUUGGCUGUUGCUGACUUUGGGGUCCUUCUAUGCUUACUUAUAUUUUCUCCAAUUUAUAUUCUUGGCAUAUUUACAGAUGUAUUAUGGAAGUUGUUUAAUCAUUUGGUAUUGAUAUUUUUUAAUUUCUUCUUUUUCUUCAUAUAUAGCACUAGCCAAUUUCUUCUGGCAGCCAUCAGCAUCGAGAGGUGUGUGUCUGUCCUCUUCCCAAUUUGGCAUCGAUGCCACCGGCCAACGCACUUGUCCACCACUGUGUGUGCUCUCAUAUGGGUCAUCUCCUCCUUGCUCUUUGCAAUUCACUUCAUUCUCCGUCUGACUAUUUGGUUUAACAUUUCUUACACAUUAGCCUACCAGUGUGUUGCAAAUGCCUUGCUUUGCCUUCCCCUUAUGGCUGUCUCCUCUCUCAUCCUGUUUAUCAAAGUCUGUUUUAAAUCACAAAAGAAUCAGCGGAGGAGACUUCUAAGAACCAUCUUGCUUACUCUCCUCCUCUUCCUUAUAUUUGCUUUUCCACUGAGUGCUGCUGACUUCAUCUACACUUUUGGAAUUCAAUCCAAGCUUUAUGGACUUCUAUUUGACUACAGCUACAUGGGUGCUGCCCUAAACAGCAGUGCUAAUCCACUGAUUUAUUUCCUUGUUGGGAGAAAGUGGAACAGCCAGUCUAGAGUGGAUAUGAAAUCUAUCCUCCAGAGAGUUUUCAAGGAAGAGGAGGAAACAACAGAAUCCACAGUUUAA